UUCAUUAGCUAAACAGCGGAAGAGUAUGUAUACAAUGGAAAUCAAUUAAAUUAUGAAAAAGCUCAUUAAUGGCCUGUCUCUUUGUUGUACAGAAACCGCGAUUGAAGAUCGCGUGAUACUCGCGGUUGUCCGUGUGAGACUGGAUGUAAGGAGGACAAAGGAAAACUAUUUCAAUACACUUUAUCUGAAAAUACCCAGCUUCCUGGCCAGCUAGCCAGCCAUAACAAGCUUGCUAGCUGGUUAGUUAGCCAGCUAGCUAAUGUUAAAUAUUAGCUAGUGAGUUGCGUCUUGGCUGUCUUGCUAGCUAUGUUAAUGGUAAAUAGCUACCAUGGCAGGCAAAUGUGAUAUGGCAGCGAAGCCCCCGGCAGUAUAAGUUGCUAGAUAACUAAUGGCUGAGUUGGAUUUUCGCUUUAAUGUUGUCUAGCUGGCCAGCUAUUCUGGAUACCAGUUUAAAGCAAUGAGCUGAUAGUUUUGGCCGGCUAAUAGUCCUCCAGAAGAGACUGCAAAACCCGCAAAGCUGGCUGGAAAAUGCCCAGAAGAAAACAGUUGAAUCCGCAACCUGUGAAAUUGGAUUCUGAAGAUGGUGUAGCUGUUGCAGAUCCGGAGAGCCUGGUCCUGGAGAGUGACUUUCUCUUGGGGCGAGACCUGCAGUUCGGAGAGCAUGACACCGAGCACAAGAUCCUAGGGCUGGAGAAGGAGGCUGAGGACGCAGCUGACAUCGGGAUCGGCGUGUUCCCCCUGUGUGAUGAAGACUGCCCUUCCCACACCCCCCUCAGCAUGGAGAGCCAAGCAGACGACCCCCGGGACACGGAGAGCGAGCGAGAGGAGGGGGGCAUGGAGCCCGCCCUCCCGCCCUUCCUCUCCUGCCAGCGCUGCGGCCAGCUCCUGACCGACGCCCUGGGGGAGGGGCUACACCGGGCCGGGCCCUAUUGCACGAGCUGCAGGGCAGGGGGCGGGGCUGUGGGCGGGGACAAAGGCACAGGCAUGGAGGCGGAGUCAGCGUCACGGGGGAAUGAGGACGAAGACGUGGGAGGGGCCUACGAGGACGGGGACGGCCCCGCGAAGCUACACUCCUGCAAGCUGUGCAGCUUCUCCUCCCGCUACUCCAACCACGUCAAGCGGCACAUGAAGACGCACAACGGCGAGAAGCCCUACCGCUGCCCGCUGUGCGCCUACGCCUCCGCCCAGCUCGUCAACCUGCAGCGCCACCUGCGCAUACACACCGGCGAGAAGCCCUACAAAUGCGAGCACUGCGCCUUCGCCUGCAGCUCGCUGGGCAACCUGAAGAGGCACCAGCGCAUGCACACGCCCCACAAGUGCGCUCAGAACGAGUACCGCCCCGGCGGCAGCAGCCUCGGCCUGGAGAGGCACGUGAUUGGACGCCGGACUUCGGGGGAGGAGCCUUGCGCGUCUGCUGAAGACACGGUGUCGUCGGACGCGGCACUGCACUCUAAUGACGAUGGCGACUUCCUCCAGAGCUACGGCAGCCUGAAGGCGGAGUGCAGGCCCCCCGGGCUGCUGGACGCGGGCGUGGCCGGGGCCAACACAGCGGCCGACGCCCUCCCGGAGCUGCUCUUCCCCUUCGCCUGCCGGCUGUGCGGCCUGGCGCUGGACGAGGAGGACGAGGAGGACGCGGCAGCGGCGCGGGUCUGCGGCCGCUGCACCCUGGAGGUGCUGUCCAAGGAGCCGCCCGACAGCCCCGGCGAGAAGGGCGAGCGGGCGUACGCCUGCGCCCUCUGCGCCUUCGCCACGCACUACCCCAACCACCUCGCCCGGCACAUGAAGACGCACAGCGGCGAGAAGCCCUACAAGUGCCCGCAGUGCGACUACGCCUCCGCCCACUUCGACAACCUGAAGCGGCACCACCGGGUGCACACGGGCGAGAAGCCCUACAAAUGCCACCUGUGCGACUACGCCUGCGGCAACCUGGCCAACCUCAAGCGGCACCAGCGCAUCCACUCGGGCGCAAAGCCCUUCAAGUGCGCCGUCUGCCACUACAGCUGCAACCAGAGCAUGAACCUGAAGCGUCACAUGCUGCGGCACACGGGCGAGAAGCCCUUCAAGUGCCAGGAGUGCCCCUACACCACGGGCCACUGGGACAACUACAAGCGGCACCAGAAGAAGCACGGCCACUCCACCGACGGCUGGGUGAAGGUGCAGAUGCCCGACAACGAGGAGGAAGAGGAGGAGGAGGAGGAAGAGGAGGAGGACGAGUAGCUGCCAGGCAUG